CCCAAAGCGGCGCCUUCCAUUCUCCAUUUCACUGUGAUGGACCUUGAUGACUCAACCAUUAACGCCAGGAAAGAGCCACACAUUCGCAGCUUCCGUUCGCUGAAACUUAGGAAGGUCCCGCCUGCGCUUGUCCCGGAGCCGCCUUCCGUGGCCUCCCGACACCUCCGAUCCGGUGGACGGAGGGCAGGUGCGUGGGCAGGUGUACUCCUUCUGCAGUAAGCAGUCAGCAACAGCGGGCCGCUUUCGUGGCCAAACUCAACAGAACCCCAAACCUUCACUCACCACCUACUACCUCGUUCAACGUCUCGCUUUCCGUGACCACCUCUUCUCAUUUGGCAACUGCAGCUUAUUUCAGUCCUAAUUCCGAUACCCUAGACCUCGAUUCCACGCUUGGCAACAACGAGAAUACCAGUAAACCACAUCAGACACCAUGGCGGUCAACGAGAUAUUCCAGUACUCCAUCAUCUCGGCCUUGAUGGACGGCGUCGCCUCCAAGGGCCUACCGGUAUCAGACCUCAUCUCCCACGGAAACCAAGGCCUGGGAACAUUCCGCUACAUGGUCGGCGAGAUGAUCAUCCUCGACGGAAAGCUCUACCAAAUGAAGUCAGAUAACACCGUGACCCCAAUCGACACGAGCCCGGCCUCCGAUGCUGUCGCCCCAUUCGCCAUGGUCACCCGCUUCCAGCCCACAGCAACAAUCAAGCGUCAGUUCAACAAGAAGGAGCUCUUUGAGCACCUUUCACAAGACUUUCCUGACUCGAAAAACUUCUUCCUCGCCAUCAGGAUUGAGGGUGUCUUCAAGGGUAUUACGGUGCGGACUGCCGGCGGCCAGAGUAGGCCCGGCGAGAGCCUGACUGAGGUCGGCAAGCACCAGGCGUCGCACACCUUUGAGGAGCCGGUGCGGGGUACUGUCGUCGGCUUCAGGUCACCAGAGUAUACUAUGGGCAUCAGCGUCGCCGGCGAUCAUCUUCACUUCAUUACCGAGGACCGAACUCAGGGUGGGCAUAUCCUGUCUUUUGGUACGGACGGCGAGGUCAAGAUUGGUGCCGCGCAAAUUUCAAAGUGGCACGUCGAGCUGCCGACGAAUGAUCCAGAGUUCAACAAGGCUGCACUGGAGGGCGAUAAGGAGGGUAUCGCUGCCGUGGAGGGCUAGCAGCAGCCGUGGAGC